GCAACAUUGUGUAAAGCAGCCAUUUUGUGGUGUCCCAGUAUAGUUGCGUGGUCUUCUUAAUUUUCGUCUAUUUUACAUGGAAGUAUUACUUUUUGUUAUGAUUUGAAAUCGAAUCUUGUAUAUUUAAUUUGAAAAGUUUGUUUACAAACUAUAACCAUGUCCGUGAUGGAACAAGAGGUGGAAAGCGGGUACAGAGUCGUUUGUUGUACCUGUUUGAGCACAGAUCGCAAUUUAAUUUCCAUAAAUGGCAUAGCUCCAGUGUAUCAAAUAUUUCGUCUGCUUAUGUACGAUUUUGCAGGAGACAGGUUUGAUAACAGCCUGUCCGUAAUGGAGCAAAUAAUCUGCUGGGAGUGCCUGGCGAUGAUAAAGAAGUUUAUGAAAUUUAAGCAGCAGGUGCACAGCGCACAGGAGCAUAUCCGGGUCCUUGCAAUGAGUGGCUCGCAAGAGACCAUGGACCACUCCUACAUGUCCCAAUCUCUCUCAAGCCUGGAAGUCACCACCAAGACUGAAUACGACAGUAUAUUCUUCGACUACACAACUCGGGACGAGUGGCCGCAUUAUAUAUCCAUCAGCUCUGCGCAGAGUGUGAAGCACGAGCAGUAUGAUGUGGCACAGGUGGUUAGGGAAAAUAUCAAUUUGGAGAUGGACGGACAUAUGUUGGAAGUGCCAGUAGUUUUGGAAAACCCGAUGACGGGCGUAAUGUCGCACCUCGUGGUCGGCGGCGACGACAUUUCCAGAAUUGAGACCUACCGUAUGAAAGGGGAGCUCGAGGAACUUAACAUAGAAACAAUUCCGUCGCAGCCGACAAUCGAGGCAUUAAUAACGGUCAAGCCGAAAGAGGAGAAAACUGCUGCGCACAAGUUGAAAUACUUCACAGAGUUUAUGAGUGAAGAUGAAAUGCUCGCUUCAAGAGAGGAAGCGAAAGAGAAAGUACAAUACGCUAGCUCCGUGUACAAAUGCGAACUUUGCAUCAUAGGGUUCUACACGCAGCAGCAGGUUGAAGAUCACUUCGUGUCCGACCACAGGGCUAAACCUGGCCAUUCCCCCUGCAAAGUCUGCUACAAGUACGUGGAAGACUCAAAACUCCAAUCCCACAUAGAGACACAUUACUUACGUCACAUCUGCAAGCUGUGCGGACACUCCACACGGCUGGUGGCCGCCAUGCUAGCGCACCAGGACGCGCACAUAGCCAAGCCGUCGGCACAGCAAGUCAUCAUCGGGGGCACCGAGCAGAGGAAGAAUCGUAAGAAAAAAGCGCCCCCUUCCAACCCGCCCAAGCCAGGGGACCUGCGGAAAUUGCUCUCCAAAACCACCAUAGAAGGCUACCAGUGUCUCGAGUGUGACAUGUUCUUCAAGAAUUCCCGCGCUCGCAAAAAUCACGUGGCCCGCUUCCACAGAGAAGGCCUCCAGUGUGACCACUGCAAGAAACGCUUCGUCAACCGAACUACGCUGGCAACACAUUUAAGACUGCAUGAAGGACCUUUGCCUAAGGAGGAAUGUCCGAUCUGUCACAAGAUGGUGCGCGUCAUACAACUCAAGUACCACAUACAGAGGCACGAAAAUAAGAGCAAAUACGAGUGCGUCGACUGUAAAAAGAUAUUCUCCCACCUGGCGACGUAUCAGGCGCAUUUGAAGUACUCAAGAGCACACGCCUCGGAUCAAGUCUUUAAAUUCCCAUGUCCCAUGUGCAACAAGGGAUACCCGACCAAAGAGGCGAUGCAGGACCACUUCAACUACCAGCACCUCGGCAAGACCUCUCACAAGUGUCCCGUCUGCGAUAAGCCAAUAGCCUCCCGCGCCAACGUGGAGAAGCAUAUGAUGCGAGUCCACGGCGAGAAGAAGGAGAAGCCGAGGAAUCACGUCUGUCAGAUUUGCAGCAAAGCUUUCACUGACAAAAAGGCGUUAAAUCAACACGAGGUUAUCCACUCCGGCGCUCGUCCGCUCACCUGCGACUUGUGUCAACAGAGUUUCAAGCAAAAAGCGUCCCUAUACACACACCGCAAGCGGGUACAUAAGGUCUUCCCCACUAAGAAACAGGUAGAAUUCAUGGUUAAAGACCAGUAGGACCGAGGUCUCACUGACCCUGAACCGAACAGAGACCGUGCGGUUUUGGAGUUAUCUGCAAACUCACAAAAAUCAUAAAUUUAACAAAAUUAAAUAUAAUUAAUGUCAUUACCGGGUCUAACGCGAUUAAAUUUCACGCUAGACCUCCCAAACUUCCAUGGCUUCGCCACUUUGAAAGAGGAACAUAAUCCAUAUUAUUAUCAAACUUGCUUGACAUGUAACUUUUUUUUUUGCACUAGAAAAACUCAACACGAACUUGACCUGCCUUUUUAUUACACAAACACUAUUAUUUUCGUAGUCUACAUCUAGCGUCAAGUAGCGGAACUAUCAGUAUGCUACUCGACACUAGAUGUCACAUGUGUCGCGACUGACGAAAAGUGUAUUGCUCAACAAUUUAUAACUAAUACUAUAAGCAAAAGGAGUUGAAAAUAGAGUUCCGGUUAUAAUAUAAGCUGAAAAAAGUUGAGCAUUAGAUUUUCCGUUCGCCGCGACAUCUACUGUCGAAUAGCAGUACUGAGUUCCGCUACUUGACGUUAGAUGUCGACUACGAAAUAAGGCGCGUUUUGGUAAGAAAACCGAAGUAUGGAGAUGUCUUCUUUAUUCUCUUUGAUUGAAACAUACAUUUGAAAAAAUAAGUCACAGCAACUAUGUAAUAAUUAUAUACUAUUAUAUAUUAUUUGUGUUCUAAGUAGGGUAAUUCGUUAAUAACUGGCCACUGUUUAAUAUAAAUAAAAUAAAAAUAAUUUAUUUUCAGACAGUUACAGUCCAUAGUUGUUAGUAUUAACUUACAGGCUAUGUUAUGUUACAGAACAGUACCUACACUAAAUUACACUCAUGAAACUACACACUAAUAAAUUACAAAUUAUGGUGGCCGAUCUAUCGAACUGCAUGUUUGUGAACAUGCAAUUCGAUAUACCGUCCCAAAACAACCGAAUCUAACCUGUUGGCUAUCAUUUUCAGCCACCUUAUACUAAAAACUAAUUCUAUUCACUUAUAACAGAAUUCAUUUAAGUAUAAAGUGGCUAGUUAUUUAAGGGUGGCCAGUUAUUGACACCUUAUACUGAAAUGAAUUAUGUUUCUAUAAACAUAAUGAUUUCUAUAACAUGAAUUCGAUUCACCUAUGUGAAUCGAAUUCAUUUUUAGUAUAAGGUGGCCAUUAAUAAACGAUUUACCCUAAUAGUUACUAUUUUAUCUAAAGCGUUUUCACUUAAAAAGACAUCAUGAUCGGUGUAGUCUUUUCUAAUGCUUAAAAAACGAAGUAUGAGCCUUGAUAUCAAGUAUACAGGAUGGAAAAAAUGAAUGAGCCCUGGAGGGAAAGUGCUUUAAAACCUUGAGUUAGCACAUUUUACUUAAAGAAAACUAUCUAUUUCUGCUAUUUUUAAAAAGAAACAAAACUGCAUUUAAAGAUUUUUCAAUUUAGCUUGUCAAAAAAUAUUCUUAAGUACUGAAUAAUUGAUUUUUUGUAUAUUUUGUACGACAGACGAGUGAAAGACCAAAUGUUUCUUGGAGAAAUGUUAUCAUUAACAUUAACUAUAUCAACUAAAAUAAAAUAGCGUGUUUAUUUUUUGGAAUUUUUAGUCGGUUCGAUUCCCGGGCGAGACAAGCUAAAAUCUUUGAAUGCCGUUUUGUUUCUUUUUUUAAAUAAAAGAAUGUUUCCUUUAAGUAAAAUGAGCUAACUUAAGGUUUAAAGGCAUUUUCCCUCCAGGGCCCAUAAUUUUUUUCCACACUGUAUAUGAUAUGAUUUCAAAAGUCUAAUAUAGCUUCUACAGAUUUUAUUACGAUAACACUAUUCCACAUUUUAUUAUACAUGUUAUGACUUCACGCUCAUAUUUUAGACUAAUUUUAUAUAAGUGAUUGUAAUCUAUGAAAUGAAGUUAAUGAAAUGUGCCAUUCUCAACCAAAAGGGUACUUAUUAAAUAUAUU